AUGUCUCUCUCCGGCAAGGUCGCGCUCAUCACCGGCGGCUCCAAAGGCAUCGGCCGCGCCGUUGCCCAGCGCCUGGCCGCCGACGGCGCCUCCGUAGUCAUCAAUUUCAAGUCGGACAGUAAAGCGGCGGACGAACUCGUCGCGGAAAUCGGCGCCGACCGUGCGCUGGCCGUGCAGGCCGAUGUGUCCAAGCUGGACGACAUCGAGAAACUGGUGAACGCGGCAGUCGCUCGAUUCGGCAAAAUCGACAUCGUCAUGCCCAACGCGGGCGUCAUGGCGAUGGUUCCGCUCGCGAACCUGACCGAGGCCGAGUUCGACCGGCACUUCAACCUGAACGUCAAGGGCGCGCUCUUCCUGGUGCAGAAGGCGGUCGCGCACGUGCCCGCCGGCGGGCGCAUCAUCUUCGUGUCGACCGGCUUGGCGAGGCAGUCGGCCGUCGCGCCGGGCUACCUGGUGUACGCGGCGACCAAGGGCGCGAUCGAGCAGCUCGUGCGCGUCCUGUCGAAGGAUUUGGGGGCCAAAGGCAUCACCGUCAACGCGGUCGCGCCCGGGCCGACCGGCACCGAGCUGUUCUACCAGGGCAAGAGCGAGCAGCUGCUGCAGACGAUCCGCGGCUGGAGCCCGUUCAACAGGAUCGGCGAGCCGGCCGAGAUCGCCGGGGUGGUGGCGUUUUUGGCUGGCGAGGACAGCAGGUGGGUGUCUGGGCAGGUCAUCGGGGCGAAUGGCGCGAUGAUGGUGUAG